GACCAGGAAGACGUUCCGAUUCCUUAUGCCAUGAGGGAUCUGCCGCCGCUGCCUCAGCCCGGCGAGCUCCACUCGAACCCGGGCCACCGUGAGCCGGAGGGGACCAACGGGAGACUCAGCAGCUUCCCUGAGGUCCCUCCUCCGUCCCGUCCCCUGCCCUCGCGCCCCGCCGGCUCUCCUGCGGUCCCUCCCAGACGGAACCACGUCCACAUGGACGCGGAGUUCCACCCGCUGCCCCUGAGGCGGCAGCUGGCCUCCCAGGUGUCUCUGGACUCGCCGCUCAGCCCGGCCUCGCGGCCACGCAGCCCCUGGGGACGCUUCGACCCCUACGACUCUCCAGAGGAUCAGGACAAGGAGUACGUGGGUUUCGCCACGCUGCCAAACCAGGUUCACAGGAAGACGGUGAAGAAAGGCUUCACCUUCACUCUCAUGGUGGCAGGAGAGUCUGGCCUCGGCAAAUCCACACUCAUCAACAGCUUGUUCCUCACGGACCUCUACAAGGACAGAAAAGUUCCCAACGCAGAAGAGCGGAUCGGUCAGACGGUCGACAUCGUCAAACACACCAUCGGCAUCGAGGAGAAAGGAAUCAAACUGAGGCUCACCAUCAUCGACACGCCGGGGUUCGGAGACGCCGUCAACAACACGGAGAGCUGGAAGCACAUAGAGGACUACAUCGACCAGCAGUUCGAGCAGUACUUCAGAGACGAGAGCGGCUUGAACCGGAGGAACAUCCAGGACAACAGAGUCCACUGCUGCCUCUACUUCAUCUCCCCGUUCGGUCACGGCCUCCGGCCUCUGGACGUGGAGUGCAUGAGCGCUUUGCACGAAAAAGUCAACAUCAUCCCCGUGCUGGCCAAAGCCGACAGUCUGACGCAGGCAGAGGUCCGGCGAAAGAAGAUGAAGAUCAGAGAGGAAAUCAAGCAGUUUGGCAUAAACAUCUACCAGUUUCCCGACUGCGACUCCGACGAGGACGAGGACUAUAAGCUGCAGGAGCAGAUUCUCAAGGACAGCAUCCCGUUUGCGGUGAUCGGGAGUAACGUGCAAGUGGAGAGUAAAGGUCACAAGUUCAGAGGGCGCAUGUAUCCGUGGGGAGCGGUGGAAGUGGAGAACCCGGCUCACUCGGACUUCCUGCUGCUGAGGAACAUGCUGGUGAGGACGCACAUGCAGGACCUGAAGGACGUGACGCGGGAGACGCACUACGAGAACUACAGGGCGCAGUGCAUCCAGAGCAUGACCCGCAUGGUGGUGCAGGACAGGAAGCGCAGUUUACGGGAGAAACAUCAGGAAGGCAGCGAGGCGGAUUUCCCUCUGCCGCUGGCCGCCGUGGACGGCGAGAAGGAAAGACUCAUCUUUGAAAAGGACGAAGAGCUGAAGCGGAUGCAGGAGGUGCUGGAGCGGAUUCAGGAGCAGAUGCAGCACAGUCAGAAAGGCGGAUGUUGACCAUUCCGCGGUGACUGUCUGGACCGCCACGUUGAACCUGAACCCAAACCCGUUGCUAUAGCAACGGAGGGCAGCGUGAGGAGGCGGAGUCAGCGGCCGAUUGACGGCCGCGGCCUCUGGUGUACGACAGGUUUUCAGAGUGUGUGUGUGAGGGUGAACGGUUUAAUCAGAGCUUGGACCAACAGAUCAUUUUGACUCAAGCUUGUGUGACAAUAGAGUGCGACUCUAUCUGAAGUGUGUUUUUUUUGCUGCUAAUUUAUUAAAAUACUUAAACUAUUGUGUG